AUGGUAUGCUUCAUGUUUUCCAUCCUCGUUCUGGUGAAAAAGCUGAAAGCCGGGGUCCGGGACGGGCCGGUUGUGCGGACAGACGAGGCAGGAAAGAUGACAAGGUUCACUAAGCAAUUUGUGCGCAGGGCAUAUCUUGGAAUGGCUCGGAUAUGGCAAAUGCUUGUUCCCGUUCCAGGAGCCGUGAACAUUUCCGAAGUGAUUUUGGAGGUGGUGUUAAAAAUGGAAGUGCUCACCAAGGCAAGUGCCCAGUUUAGCCUCAUCCCUCCACUUGGAUUGCUGCAAGGCCCUACCCCCGGAAUUAUACACCAGGUCCGAAAUCAGGCAUUUCUGUUCGAAAGCUGGGGUCCUGAGGCUCAAGCCUCCAUUGCAAGCAGGUUACGGGCUGAAUCCUACAUGCCAUGUCAAUAUCAACAGUUAUAUACCAAGCGGGGUGCCUGA